AUGAGCCCCGCGCCGCCGCCGCCCGCCUCCUCCACCGCUGGAUGCCGGCGGCCUAGCUCGCACUGGCGGAGGACGGCACGGCGGGCGGCGGCGGCGGCGCCCGCGUCCCACGACGGGCCCGAGGCGGGCGUCCCUCCGGCCCCCGACGUGUUCGCCGGCUUCGCGCCCCACCCCGCGGCGCUGGGCCCGCAGACCCUGCUGGCGGAGCAGAUGUGCGUGAUCGGCAGCCGCAAGAAGACCGUGAACAUGACCGAGUGCGUGCUGGUGCCCAGCUUGAAGCACGUCGCGGAGAUCUUGGGGCGCCAGGGGUGCAAGAUCAAGGCCCUGCGCGCCAAGACCAACAUGCACAUCAAGACGCCGGUGCGCGGCGAGGAGCCCGUGUUCAUCGUGACCGGCCGCAAGGAGGACAUGGACAUGGCCAAGCGCGAGAUCCAGUCGGCCGCCGAGCACUUCUCGCUCAUCCGCGCCACGCGAAGCAAGGCGGGCGGGCUGCCCGGCGCCGCCCCGGGCCCGCCCCACCUGCCGGGACAGACCACCAUCCAAGUGCGCGUGCCCCACCGCGUCGUGGGGCUGGUGGUGGGGCAGGGCGCCACCACCGAGCGCAUCCAGCAGCAGAUGCACACGUACAUAGUGACGCCGAGCCCCGACAAGGAGCCCGUGUUCCCCGUCACGGGCAUGCCCGAGAGCGUGGACCGCGCGCGCAAGGAGAUCGAGGCGCACAUCACGCUGCACACGCGGGCGCUCCCGGACGCGGCUUCCACGCCAACUACGCAAGGAAUAGGGUUUAAAAAGCGAGCCAUAGAACAGUUCAUUGAUGCUAUAGGAAAAGUCAGUCCUUGGUUUGCAGAAGAAGGAGUCGUGGAUGAACAACACUGGGAUUUGCUCGGAAAGAUUUAA